CCUGCCUUUCUUCCUUCCUCCUGCCCAGCCACUAGGUUGCAAGGGCUGUUGACAGAUGGGAGGACACAGCCUACCUACUCUGUCAGCUGUGGUCUGAGGUCCCCACCCAGUGGGGAACCACAGAAGGGAGGGGAGUAAAGAAGAAGGCAGGAGAGGGGAGGGGAAGGGAGGAGAAAGGAACAGAAAGAGGAGAGGAGAGGGAAGGAGCCGAACACCAUGGGCCACUGGAAUCGAAUCAAGAUUGCCAAAUGCCAGAUACUGCUCACCAACUUCUUGGCCUUGCUGCUAGGCCUCUCUACGGCCACCAUGGCAGUUGUCACUCACUUUGGAGAUCACUUUGCUGUCAUUGGCCGUGGAUCCUGGGAGGAGAACCCCUACAACGCUAUGCACUACUGGGCUUUCUACGUGGGGAUCAGCCUGGCAGGGCUGCUGAGCCUGGGCGCUGCUCUGAGCACCGUAGCCACUGUGAGGGAGGCCCAUGGCCUCAUGGCUGCGGGUUUCCUGUGCUUCGCCUUAUCCUUCUGCAUCCUGGUGCAGGUGGUCUUCUGGAGAUUCCACAACCCUACCCAGGUGGAAGAUGCGGUAUUGGACACCUAUGACCUCAUAUAUGAUCAGGCAAUUAAGAGCCCAUCUAGCAACUGGUGGCAGGAGCUGGCCAUCAUCCACGACACGUUUCUGUGUUGUGGGAAGAAAUCUCCUUUCGGGCUGCUGGCAAGCACGGGAGCCAUCAUGUGUCAGGGCCAGGAGGCCAGGAGAGAGGACUGCCUACAGAGCAUCAGGAACUUUCUGUGGACACACUACAGUAUUGCUGCCACCCUGACCUGCACCAGCCUGGCCCUCACGGUAUGUGCUAUGAUGCUCUGCGCCUUCCUCUGGUUUGCCUUUCACUCCUACUGUGGCUUGGACCGAAAAGGCAGAUACACUCUGACCCCACGAGCUCAUGGCUGCCAUCCCCAGGAACCCAGCUUCUUCAGAUAGACUCAGGGUGGGCUGGUGCCUCAAAGCCCCUCUGAAGCACACAUGGUUGCUAACCAUCCGACGUCCCUCUGAAGCAUGGGUUUUUGUUAACCAGUGGGUCUAGCAGGAUGCUUCCUG